UUGGGCGUUCCAAAAUCCAUCAGAAAAAAUGUGUCGCAACUUAAAUGACCACGACAUACAUACAUACCACAAUCAUUUUGCAACAUUGUCGAUAAAAUCGUAGUGAAAUGAGUGCACAAGAGAGAAAUAUGAAAAAAGUCUUCCUUUUCAAACAUAUAUGUUUUCCAAUUUGGAAUAUGCGGCCAGAGAGAAUGCUUCUCUCUGAUGCGGCAUAGCACUGGGUGCUUUCCAUUAAGUGACACAAACGUCAUUCUAGCCUUCUCAGCAUUUAGUGAGUAACAAAGACAAAACGAUACUUGUCUCGGCUUGUGUCACUAGAUGGAAAGCACCCAGUGUCUGCUGUUACAAACCGCUAGAUAUCAAAAACAAUAAAAAAGAAUCAAUUACAUGUAAGCGAUAUAAGCUUUGAGUAUUAAGUGGCAAUCUGAGUCGCACGAGCGAAAAGUAUCUCGCGAUAUUCUAAAAAAUCCAUAAAUAUUCUUGUCAAGCAAUUUAACCUAUUGUCCCUUCUUUCUGCCUUUUGCCGAUAAGAUUUUAAUUGAAUCUUCCGAUUUGAUUUUUGCAAGAAGCCUAGUACCUUGAAAAAAAAAGAGAACUUUUAUAUUUAACAGAACGUAUAGAAUCAUGCAGUAUCACGAUUCACAACAAAAACGUUUGAUGGAGGCUUUUCGCACUGAUUGCCAGACACUGAUAACACGUUUCGAGUUGUCAUAUAAUACUCAUUUCCAAAAUUUCUGUGAAAUCUGGAAAGAAAUGCAGUUUGGUUUGGUUUUUGCGUAUCAUUUGUCCGAAAUAACUUUAAUGGUAUUUUGCGAAGAGGCUCUUUGUAUAACAAAGCAGUUUCUGGUGAAUGCAUCCAGUUUAAAGGAACGUAUAGGGGCUCUAUAUCUUACAUAUGGAGUUUACUAUAAAAUGCCAAUAAAAGAGCUGAAGAUCAGAAUGACUCUGUUAGAUUGGAAAUGCUUGAUGGAGUUGCACAGUCAAAUAAAAGAGGAGGAAUAUCUUGAUGCUAACUAUAUUUUAUGCAAAAUGAUUGUUGAUCGCAUAUUUAUUCAUUGCAUUAGUGAUCGAGAGUAUGGUAUUGAGAGGCAUUUCUAUCAGAAGCAUGAACAACCUAAGUUGGACGUUAAUUUAAUGCCAGAAAUCAAAGAACUAGCUGCACCAGAGAAGCUAUUGUCGACCAUCAGCAAGCUAAGCAAGAUUUACGAGGAAAAGAAGCGCAUUUUGUAUGAUGCAGAGGGAGACAGCCUGCAACUUUACAAUGCCAGUUUGGCAGAUAAUAUUGUUAAUAACAUACGUGCAAUACAGUCGGAAAGUAGAAUAUUUGUCAAAUCCGAUGUGGCGAACACUAACAGUAAUAAGCCAACAGCGUCAACGUCAUCGGCAUUGAGCGAAAAUGUUCAGAAGGAUCAAAAGCGCAUCCGAGUUCGCAAAAACCAAGUUCUAUCUAAGGUAGGUCGAGCAUUCGAAGAGGGACUGCAGUCUGAAGAAGAGUCAGAGCUAGAAGAGAUGUGAAUACUUUGUGUUGCUGUAAAAGCUGUAGAAAAUUAUAAUUUAAGAAUUGGUUUGAGUAUUGACAAAUAUCGAUUCAAAUAUAAAUAAGGUGAAAAAGGUUUUAAAAUUAUAGGCUUUUCUUUAAUCCAUGGAUUAGUUGAGUGGAAUACUAUGAAAUCAUAAAGAGAGAAAUUUUGAUUGUGGAACUGUGAUAUUAUAGGCUUAAUGAAACUGCGAUAAUGACAUUAUGACAUUUUUCUUUCCAAGAUGUGACAUAGAUAAUAACCAAAGAAAAUAGUCAAAGAGAUAUGAUAUGAAUGUUAGCAUGAAUGUGUUAAUGUGUGUACUAGAAAAUAAAUACAUAUAUUUUUUAUA